CUCUGGACUGGCUCGCGCUCGCCCUGCUGUGCCGAGCUGCAGAUGCCGGACCGCAGCAGCGGCAGCAGCAGCAGUAGCAACCGAGGGGAGGGCAACCGAGGCGAAGGCUGGUUCGCCGCCAUCGACCGGGCGGUGGGUUGGUGUUUCCACGGAGGCCGGAGGCGGCGCAGCCAAAAUGAGGAGAGCGAGCGGCAGCGAGUGCGCACGCGAUCGCAGCCGGCGCGCCGGCCUCGCACCGCCGAGCCGCUUCCCGCCGCGCCGCCGCCGCCGUUCUCAUCGUGGUGGGCGGCGCUCGACCCAGCCGCGCUCGGCGGAGGCACGUCCCUCGCGCCGGACGAGGUGCGCGCGGCCGUGUGGCGCCUCCCCCUCGAGGAGUACAGCACCGCCGAAGAGCUGCGGGCGUGGCCCAUCAAGCAGCUCGUGGCGGAGCUGCGGCUCGCCCGCGCUCGCGCGCCCCGCAGCCGGGUCGGCCUCGACGCGCAACCUCCGCUGGACAAGGAGGAGCUGGUGGAGGCGGUGCUGCUCGCGCGCGGCGGCGAGGCCGCCCACGCGUGCGCCAUCUGCGUCGAGGACUUUGAGAGCGGAGAUACGCUGCGUGUGCUGCGAUGCGGCCACCGCUUCCACCUCGAGU